AUGAGGCGCGCGCUGGUCGCCGCGGGGAGGCAGCUGACGCGUUGCCAAGCGCUCGUCGAGGCGUCGCCCGCGCAACAUCGGGGAUGGGGUAGCACGAGCGCGGGGGAGUGGACGACAUCGCGACGUCUCGGGUGGUUCCGCGAGGGUUGGGGACGAUAUAUAUCCACGCGCGCGCGCGAUCGGUCCCUCGAUGAAGCGUCCGAACGCCGUCGCCCGUUCGCGAGCAUCGGCGUCGAGGCGUCCGCUCCGACGCGGGUCUGCAUCCCAUCGAUCGAUGGCGCGAGGGGGUACUCCGUCUCCCCGCCGACGAGGAGGGGCGGAGACGCGUCCGAUCGCGUCGACGUCACCGCGCGCGAGACGAACGAUGACGAUGCAGAUCGGGUGAACUCCGGCGAUGCCGCGUCCGUGUCGUCGCGCGGCGACGGGUUCGCGCGCGCCCCCGAGGCUGAGCGCACGUGGGUCGACGAGACGCUGCCGCCCUUCGCGGUGCCUUACGCCAAGCUGGUGCGAUUGGACCGACCCGCGGGAGUGUACCUGCUCGCGUGGCCGUGCCUGUGGUCCAUCGCACUCGCCGCCCCGCCGGGGUGUCCGCCCGACCCGUACCUGUCGUCGCUGUUCUGCGCGGGCGCGUUCCUGCUGCGGGGCGCGGGGUGCACCGUGAACGACCUCUGGGACAGGGACAUAGACAAACUCGUGGCUCGAACCAGGAACAGGCCGAUCGCGUCCGGGGCCGUGUCGCCGACCGCCGCGCUGGUGUUCCUGGCCGCCCAGCUCGGCGCGGGCGCGGGGAUCCUGCUUCAGCUCAACGAUUUCAGCAAGGCGCUCGGCGCCUCUUCGCUCGCGCUGGUGGCGGCGUAUCCGGCGAUGAAGAGACUCACCAAUUGGCCUCAGGCGUUCCUGGGCCUCACGUUCAACUGGGGCGCGCUGCUGGGAUACGCCGCCGUUCACGGCACCCUGAAUCCGGCGGUGUGCGCGCCGUUGUACGCCAGCGGGGUGUUCUGGACGCUGCUAUACGACACCGUGUACGCGCAUCAGGACAAGGACGACGAUAAAAAGAUCGGCGUCAAGUCCACGGCGCUGCACCUGCAGGAGAUGGCCGGGGGACGCGCGGAGGACACGAAGAAGUACCUGGCCGCGUUCGGCGCCGCGUCCACCGCGGGUCUGUGCGCGGCCGGUCACGCGGCGGGCGUCGGGCCGGCGUUUUAUCUCGGCGUUUCAGCGUCUGCGGCGCACCUCGCAUGGCAAGUUCGGGACGUCAACCUGGACGACGGCGAGGAUUGCGCGGCUAAGUUCAGGAGCAACGGGACGCAGUACGGGGCGAUCGUCUUCGCGGCGUGCGUCGCGGGGAAGCUGACGGGGUUCUGA